GAUGAAAAGGAAUAUGCACUGAAGCAAAUUGAAGGCACCGGAAUAUCCAUGUCGGCUUGUAGAGAGAUUGCACUUUUGCGAGAAUUGAAGCACCCAAAUGUGAUUGCACUGCAGAAGGUGUUCCUUUCUCAUAGUGACAGGAAGGUGUGGCUGCUGUUUGAUUAUGCAGAACAUGACCUGUGGCAUAUCAUUAAAUUUCAUCGUGCAUCAAAAGCAAAUAAAAAGCCCAUGCAGCUGCCGCGCUCUAUGGUUAAAUCAUUACUUUACCAGAUUCUUGACGGGAUUCAUUACCUCCAUGCAAACUGGGUGCUUCACCGAGACUUGGUAAGUCUUCACUUCAAAUUGAUCCAGAUUUCUGGCCUUCUCUUUAUUAUUAUCAUCAUCAUUUUAAUUCUUUUAUAUUUUCUUUCUUUCUGUCUUGUAAAGAUUUUUUUUCUGAGUACAGUUGUGCUAAAUAUUGACUGUAGAUAAAUGUGACAAAAAUAG